AUGUCCCUCACAUUCAAUUUCAGUGGUAAAGUAGUGCUGAUCACAGGCUCGAGUGCGGGUAUCGGUGCCGCCACUGCCUUCUCCAGAGCCGGUGCUAAUGUUGUGGUCACCGGUAGACGAGCCGAUAAAGUGUCAGAAGUGGCCAAAGAGUGUCUCAAAGUAUCACCGAAACAGUCGAAAGCACUGGAAGUGGUGGCGGAUGUGACUAAACCGGAAGACUUGCGACGACUUGUGGACACAACUAUCAAACACUUCGGAAAACUCGAUGUUUUGGUGAACAAUGCCGGCGCCGGUACUGUAACAUCCAUUAAUAAUAAGGAUUUCUACGAGACUUAUCUGAAAGUAAUGCAAAUAAAUCUCAAUUCUGUGGUCUAUUUAACGCAUAUAUGUGUCGAGCAUUUGGAGAAAACUAAAGGAAAUGUUAUUAACAUUUCAAGUAUCGGUGCAAUGGGACCCUUCCAGGGUUGUACACCUUAUUGUAUGGCAAAGUGUGCGAUGGAUAUGUUCACCAAAUGUAUGGCCGCGGAGUUGGGACCCAAACGUAUCCGCGUUAAUGUCAUCAACCCUGGUCCUAUUCGUACUGAAUUUAUGGAGGCAAUGGGAAUGCCUAAAGAAAUGUCUGAUAAUGCUUUUAAGGCAUGUGAAAACUUAACUGUGUUGGGUCGGGUGGGUGAGUCUGUGGAAGUGGGUGACUCUAUACUAUACCUGGCCAGUGACCAUGCUGCUUUCAUCACUGGCACUAAUGUUAUUGUAGACGGGGGUUGUGUUGUGGCCUAUAAUACCAACGCAGAUAUUCUUAAGACUAAUUAA